CAAAACAAAACCUGAGAGGUUUUGAUUGAUAUAAUUCGAUGAUGAAUAGAUGGGGAGAAGAAUCUCAAGGUGGCCCUAGCCAAAUAACUCCAGAGAUGGCUAAUAAUCUCCCUGAUGAAUUCCAUGGAGCAACACCGAUCUGGUUUGUAGGUUUGGGAGGCGAAGACACCCUGGUCCAAGAGGGUCUAUAUCCACCUUUAAACUUGACUUACACACCAACUCAGGAACAUUUCAACAAAAUUGAAUCCAAAUUUCAAGAAGAAAGGCAAAAGCAACUUUAUUCCACAGAGAACACAAAGACCUUAACGACUCAUGACACUCCUACAACUACUGAAAAACUAAAGGCUAUGAAUUUCGAAAUCUCCAAGAUCAUAAUUGGUGAAUGGACUCACAAGUCGGUCUACCCUGAUGAUCUUAAGGCCAAAUUCUACUUUGCAAAGAGGAGACUUAUGUGGGAGAUUCUCGAUGAAGAUUCAAAACUUAAGAGAAAGAUUGAGAUGCAAUGGUCUGAUGUCUUGUCUUUUAGAGCUAGUUAUCCUCCACAAAAUGAAACAGGAACACUAGAAGUCGAGUUGGGAAAGUGUCCAACGUUCUUCUUGGAGGCUAAUCCACAGCGAGGAAAGCACACUCAAUGGGAACAGUUGGAUCAAGACUUUACCCCAGGUCAAUCUGCUUCUAAAUACAGGAGACAUACACUUCAUAUUUCCCCUGGAGAUCUGAAGAUGAACUUGGAGAAGCUUGUGUCCGCCGUUAGCUUCUGGUCAAAACUCGCCAAAGUCAAUUUCCCAACUCUACCACAUUCUCUUUACUUCGAUAAUGGAAACAGUAACAACAAUGAUAAUAGCAACUUGUGUCCCUACGGAAACAGCAGAACACCUGGCAUCAACGGCAAUCAUCACUAUCCUCAAGGACUUGGUCAUGUGCCAGUGGAGAACGUAAACUUCAACAUGGCAACUGAGUUCUGCCCGAAUAAUCAAAUGAACCCAAUUUUUCAAGACGAUCACCAGGAUGAAACUAUGAGUCAAUUACCUGGGAUGCAAGUUACACAUCCAUCAUCUCAGCAUAUCAACAUGGGAAGGUACAUUAUUAGCGAGUCACAUUUUAACAAUCCGAUGAUCCCAGACGAUCGCCACACGAGUAACACAGGUGAGUUACGUGGACCGUAUCUACAAGUCAUCUUAGCUCAAGAAGAAGUGAUACAGAACAUGAAAUGCAUACGUCAGUUUCAGACCAACGGAGAAUGUUAUUGUAAUCAAUGCUUCAACAACAUCAAUGGUUCACUGCCUCCUGAUUCGUAGAUAUAAUUCUGUAUAUUAUUAGAGAUUUAGCUUCCUCUUUCUCUGCUUCAUCUUCCUAGUAAGUUCUUCCUCAAGUUUUUCUUUAAUUUUCUUUUCCAGUACCCCUUGGCGGUUGUAAUGCAGUUGCACCCUAGUUUGGGAGAUUGUUUUCUUUGUGGACCAUUAAUUUAUAG